AUGAAUGAAAGCGGUGCACGCAGCAAAACGUCGACGCCGCCAUUCACGCCACAACUCUCGGCUGCUUCGACAACCACCGGAAUAAGCACUGGUGACGAAGUAGAGUUUGAGUUCGGUGAAAAUUUUCCACUCGAUGCGAGACAUCUGAAUCGAGUUCACGAAGAGCUGGAAAAACUGAAUAUUGCAACUGAUGUAAUCAAUAAACUGGAGCUACAGCUUGAUGAGGCUCGGGCCACUUUCAGGAAGAUUCAGGCAUCGUGGUCGCAAAAACUGAAUGAAUUAAGUCGAAAAUAUGGUUCAGCUAUUGCGAAAGGUCGCCCCUAUUAUGAAGCCAAACUUAAGGAACGGCAACUACGAGAGGAAGCACAGAAUGCAGCAAUUCACUUUGAGCGUGCCAAUUCGAUGCAUGCAGUGGCGAAGCAACAGGUCAAACUCACUCAGGACAGUUUAAAUCGACAGCGCACCAUCGAACCUGAAUGCCUUGAGGUGCUAAACCAUCACAUUCAACGGGUCAAUGAAGCGGAACGUGAGCGCCUGGCUGCAGAAGAA